AUGCUGCCCAUCACGCUGCCCAUCACGCUGCCCAUCACGCUGCCCAUAAUGCUGCCCAUCACGCUGCCCAUCACGCUGCCCAUCACGCUGCCCAUCACGCUGCCCAUCACGCUGCCCCAUCACGCUGCCCAUCACGCUGCCCAUCACGCUGCCCAUCAUGCUGCCCAUCACGCUGCCCAUCAUGCUGCCCAUCACGCUGCCCAUCCUGCUGCCCAUCCUGCUGCCCAUCAUGCUGCCCAUCACGCUGCCCCAUCACGCUGCCCCAUCAUGCUGCCCAUCACGCUGCCCAUCACGCUGCCCAUCACGCUGCCCAUCACGCUGCCCAUCACGCUGCCCAUCACGCUGCCCAUCACGCUGCCCAUCACGCUGCCCAUCACGCUGCCCAUCACGCUGCCCAUCAUGCUGCCCAUCACGCUGCCCAUCACGCUGCCCAUCAUGCUGCCCAUCACGCUGCCCAUCACGCUGCCCCAUCACGCUGCCCAUCACGCUGCCCCAUCACGCUGCCCCAUCACGCUGCCCAUCCUGCUGCCCAUCCUGCUGCCCAUCAUGCUGCCCAUCACGCUGCCCAUCACGCUGCCCCAUCACGCUGCCCAUCACGCUGCCCCAUCACGCUGCCCCAUCACGCUGCCCCAUCAUGCUGCCCAUCACGCUGCCCAUCACGCUGCCCAUCACGCUGCCCAUCAUGCUGCCCAUCACGCUGCCCAUCACGCUGCCCAUCACGCUGCCCAUCAUGCUGCCCAUCACGCUGCCCAUCAUGCUGCCCCAUCACGCUGCCCAUCACGCUGCCCAUCAUGCUGCCCAUCACGCUGCCCAUCAUGCUGCCCCAUCACGCUGCCCAUCACGCUGCCCAUCACGCUGCCCAUCAUGCUGCCCAUCACGCUGCCCAUCACGCUGCCCAUCACGCUGCCCAUCAUGCUGCCCAUCACGCUGCCCCAUCAUGCUGCCCAUCACGCUGCCCAUCCUGCUGCCCAUCCUGCUGCCCAUCAUGCUGCCCAUCACGCUGCCCCAUCACGCUGCCCCAUCAUGCUGCCCAUCACGCUGCCCAUCACGCUGCCCAUCACGCUGCCCAUCAUGCUGCCCAUCACGCUGCCCAUCACGCUGCCCAUCACGCUGCCCAUCCUGCUGCCCAUCACGCUGCCCAUCACGCUGCCCCAUCACGCUGCCCAUCACGCUGCCCAUCACGCUGCCCAUCACGCUGCCCAUCACGCUGCCCCAUCAUGCUGCCCCAUCACGCUGCCCCAUCAUGCUGCCCAUCACGCUGCCCCAUCCUGCUGCCCAUCCUGCUGCCCAUCAUGCUGCCCCAUCACGCUGCCCAUCAUGCUGCCCAUCCUGCUGCCCAUCAUGCUGCCCAUCCUGCUGCCCAUCACGCUGCCCAUCACGCUGCCCAUCACGCUGCCCAUCACGCUGCCCAUCACACUGCCCAUCCUGCUGCCCAUCAUGCUGCCCAUCACGCUGCCCCAUCCUGCUGCCCAUCAUGCUGCCCAUCACGCUGCCCCAUCACGCUGCCCAUCACGCUGCCCAUCACGCUGCCCAUCAUGCUGCCCCAUCAUGCUGCCCAUCACGCUGCCCCAUCACGCUGCCCAUCACGCUGCCCAUCACGCUGCCCAUCACGCUGCCCAUCAUGCUGCCCAUCACGCUGCCCAUCACGCUGCCCCAUCACGCUGCCCCAUCACGCUGCCCAUCACGCUGCCCAUCACGCUGCCCCAUCACGCUGCCCCAUCACGCUGCCCCAUCACGCUGCCCAUCACGCUGCCCAUCACGCUGCCCAUCACGCUGCCCAUCAUGCUGCCCCAUCAUGCUGCCCAUCACGCUGCCCCAUCACGCUGCCCAUCACGCUGCCCAUCACGCUGCCCAUCACGCUGCCCAUCAUGCUGCCCAUCACGCUGCCCAUCACGCUGCCCCAUCACGCUGCCCCAUCACGCUGCCCAUCACGCUGCCCAUCACGCUGCCCAUCCUGCUGCCCAUCAUGCUGCCCAUCAUGCUGCCCAUCACGCUGCCCCAUCACGCUGCCCAUCAUGCUGCCCAUCAUGCUGCCCCAUCACGCUGCCCCAUCAUGCUGCCCAUCACGCUGCCCAUCACGCUGCCCAUCACGCUGCCCAUCACGCUGCCCAUCACGCUGCCCAUCACGCUGCCCAUCAUGCUGCCCAUCAUGCUGCCCAUCACGCUGCCCCAUCAUGCUGCCCAUCACGCUGCCCAUCACGCUGCCCAUCACGCUGCCCAUCACGCUGCCCAUCACGCUGCCCAUCACGCUGCCCAUCCUGCUGCCCAUCAUGCUGCCCAUCCUGCUGCCCAUCACGCUGCCCAUCACGCUGCCCAUCACGCUGCCCAUCCUGCUGCCCAUCAUGCUGCCCAUCACGCUGCCCAUCCUGCUGCCCAUCAUGCUGCCCAUCACGCUGCCCAUCACGCUGCCCAUCAUGCUGCCCAUCACGCUGCCCAUCCUGCUGCCCAUCCUGCUGCCCCAUCACGCUGCCCAUCACGCUGCCCAUCACGCUGCCCAUCACGCUGCCCAUCACGCUGCCCCAUCCUGCUGCCCAUCACGCUGCCCCAUCCUGCUGCCCAUCACGCUGCCCAUCAUGCUGCCCAUCACGCUGCCCCAUCCUGCUGCCCAUCACGCUGCCCCAUCCUGCUGCCCCAUCACGCUGCCCCAUCACGCUGCCCCAUCAUGCUGCCCCAUCCUGCUGCCCAUCCUGCUGCCCAUCCUGCUGCCCAUCACGCUGCCCCAUCAUGCUGCCCAUCACGCUGCCCAUCCUGCUGCCCAUCCUGCUGCCCAUCACGCUGCCCAUCCUGCUGCCCAUCACGCUGCCCCAUCCUGCUGCCCAUCCUGCUGCCCCAUCCUGCUGCCCAUCCUGCUGCCCAUCAUGCUGCCCAUCACGCUGCCCAUCACGCUGCCCCAUCCUGCUGCCCAUCAUGCUGCCCAUCACGCUGCCCAUCACGCUGCCCAUCAUGCUGCCCAUCACGCUGCCCAUCCUGCUGCCCAUCCUGCUGCCCCAUCACGCUGCCCAUCACGCUGCCCAUCACGCUGCCCAUCACGCUGCCCAUCAUGCUGCCCAUCACGCUGCCCCAUCCUGCUGCCCAUCACGCUGCCCCAUCCUGCUGCCCAUCACGCUGCCCCAUCACGCUGCCCCAUCAUGCUGCCCCAUCCUGCUGCCCAUCCUGCUGCCCAUCCUGCUGCCCAUCACGCUGCCCCAUCAUGCUGCCCAUCACGCUGCCCAUCCUGCUGCCCAUCCUGCUGCCCAUCACGCUGCCCAUCCUGCUGCCCAUCACGCUGCCCCAUCCUGCUGCCCAUCCUGCUGCCCCAUCCUGCUGCCCAUCCUGCUGCCCAUCAUGCUGCCCAUCACGCUGCCCAUCACGCUGCCCCAUCCUGCUGCCCAUCACGCUGCCCAUCACGCUGCCCCAUCACGCUGCCCCAUCACGCUGCCCCAUCCUGCUGCCCAUCCUGCUGCCCAUCACGCUGCCCAUCACGCUGCCCCAUCCUGCUGCCCAUCCUGCUGCCCAUCACGCUGCCCCAUCACGCUGCCCAUCACGCUGCCCAUCCUGCUGCCCAUCCUGCUGCCCAUCCUGCUGCCCCAUCACGCUGCCCCAUCACGCUGCCCAUCCUGCUGCCCAUCCUGCUGCCCAUCAUGCUGCCCAUCACGCUGCCCAUCCUGCUGCCCAUCACGCUGCCCCAUCACGCUGCCCAUCACGCUGCCCAUCCUGCUGCCCAUCACGCUGCCCAUCACGCUGCCCCAUCACGCUGCCCAUCCUGCUGCCCCAUCACGCUGCCCCAUCACGCUGCCCAUCCUGCUGCCCAUCACGCUGCCCAUCACGCUGCCCCAUCACGCUGCCCAUCCUGCUGCCCCAUCACGCUGCCCCAUCACGCUGCCCAUCCUGCUGCCCAUCCUGCUGCCCAUCCUGCUGCCCAUCACGCUGCCCAUCACGCUGCCCCAUCACGCUGCCCAUCCUGCUGCCCCAUCACGCUGCCCCAUCAUGCUGCCCAUCACGCUGCCCCAUCACGCUGCCCCAUCACGCUGCCCAUCCUGCUGCCCAUCCUGCUGCCCAUCCUGCUGCCCAUCCUGCUGCCCAUCACGCUGCCCAUCACGCUGCCCAUCACGCUGCCCAUCCUGCUGCCCAUCACGCUGCCCCAUCACGCUGCCCCAUCCUGCUGCCCAUCCUGCUGCCCAUCCUGCUGCCCAUCCUGCUGCCCAUCCUGCUGCCCAUCACGCUGCCCAUCCUGCUGCCCCAUCACGCUGCCCCAUCACGCUGCCCAUCCUGCUGCCCAUCCUGCUGCCCAUCCUGCUGCCCAUCCUGCUGCCCAUCAUGCUGCCCAUCACGCUGCCCCAUCACGCUGCCCAUCAUGCUGCCCAUCAUGCUGCCCAUCACGCUGCCCCAUCCUGCUGCCCAUCCUGCUGCCCAUCCUGCUGCCCAUCCUGCUGCCCCAUCAUGCUGCCCAUCAUGCUGCCCAUCACGCUGCCCCAUCACGCUGCCCAUCACGCUGCCCAUCACGCUGCCCAUCACGCUGCCCAUCACGCUGCCCAUCACGCUGCCCCAUCACGCUGCCCAUCCUGCUGCCCAUCCUGCUGCCCAUCACGCUGCCCAUCAUGCUGCCCAUCACGCUGCCCAUCCUGCUGCCCCAUCACGCUGCCCCAUCCUGCUGCCCAUCCUGCUGCCCCAUCACGCUGCCCAUCAUGCUGCCCAUCCUGCUGCCCAUCCUGCUGCCCCAUCACGCUGCCCAUCACGCUGCCCAUCACGCUGCCCCAUCCUGCUGCCCCAUCCUGCUGCCCAUCACGCUGCCCAUCCUGCUGCCCAUCCUGCUGCCCAUCCUGCUGCCCAUCAUGCUGCCCAUCACGCUGCCCAUCACGCUGCCCCAUCCUGCUGCCCAUCCUGCUGCCCAUCAUGCUGCCCAUCCUGCUGCCCAUCCUGCUGCCCAUCCUGCUGCCCAUCAUGCUGCCCAUCACGCUGCCCAUCACGCUGCCCCAUCCUGCUGCCCAUCACGCUGCCCCAUCACGCUGCCCCAUCCUGCUGCCCAUCCUGCUGCCCAUCCUGCUGCCCCAUCACGCUGCCCCAUCCUGCUGCCCAUCCUGCUGCCCAUCCUGCUGCCCAUCCUGCUGCCCCAUCAUGCUGCCCAUCACGCUGCCCAUCCUGCUGCCCCAUCACGCUGCCCCAUCACGCUGCCCCAUCACGCUGCCCAUCCUGCUGCCCAUCCUGCUGCCCAUCCUGCUGCCCCAUCCUGCUGCCCAUCACGCUGCCCCAUCACGCUGCCCAUCACGCUGCCCCAUCACGCUGCCCAUCACGCUGCCCCAUCACGCUGCCCCAUCCUGCUGCCCCAUCACGCUGCCCCAUCACGCUGCCCACGCUGCCCAUCACGCUGCCCAUCCUGCUGCCCAUCCUGCUGCCCAUCCUGCUGCCCAUCCUGCUGCCCCAUCACGCUGCCCCAUCACGCUGCCCCAUCACGCUGCCCCAUCCUGCUGCCCAUCCUGCAGCUGCUCUGCGCGGCACCAAACUCCGGCUCAUUUUCCAAGUACGCGUCUGGCCUCCUUCGCAGCGUCUUCCUGCUCGCCUUCUACGGCUUUCUCCGCAUAA